AUAAAAUGGCAUAUUAUGUUCAUAUAGUCUCCAAAUACAGUGAAAAAGCUAACGAAACGUUGUGAGAGUCUAUCAACAUUGGACAGUAAAACAGUAUUUGACAAAACAAUCAUCUCGUCCAGGCGCUACAAGUGCGUGUACGUAACAUACAAGUGAAACUGCAGUGACACUUAUACUUGGUUAAAUUCCGCUUCUGCUGUCAGGGUGGCUACAGCUCAGCCGCUGGACAUCCGGUGAUCUGUCCACUCUCACGGCUCCCCAGCCGGGGCAUGCCCCGCCAUGUUCGACCUAAACGGAGGCUGGAACCUGUCUUUUGCCGGGUGCGGGUUCUUGGGAAUUUACCACAUCGGCGUUGCCAGCUGUCUUCUGGAGAAAGCACCGUACCUCGUCAAAGGGGCCACCAAGGUGUACGGAGCUUCUGCCGGUGCCCUGACCGCUUCGAUGCUUGCCAGUCAGGCAUCAAUAACUAAAUGCUGUGAAGAUGUAAUUGAGGUGGCAAAAGAGGCCAGAAAGAGGAACCUGGGCCCCUUUCAUCCUUCCUUCAACCUGGUCAAGGUUUUAAAGUCUGGCCUGAAUCGUGACCUGCCCGCUGAUGCACAUGAGCUGGCCUCUGGGCGGCUGUGUGUCUCCCUGACCAGAGUGUCUGAUGGAGAAAACGUGCUGGUGUCGGAGUUUAGCUCCAAAGAGGAACUCAUCCAGGCACUGAUUUGUAGUUGUUUCAUCCCCGUCUACUGCGGCCUGAUUCCUCCAUCCUUCAGAGGAGUGCGUUACGUGGACGGCGGGAUCAGCGACAACCUGCCUCAGUCAGAGCUAAAGAACACCAUAACCAUUUCUCCCUUCUCUGGUGAGAGUGACAUCUGUCCACACGACAGCUCCACCAGCUUCCAUGAGCUCCGUUUCACCAACACCAGCAUCCAGAUGAACCUGGGCAACAUGUAUCGCCUCAGCAGAGCCCUGUUUCCACCAGAACCAAAGGUACUUGCUGAGAUGUGUCAGAACGGUUAUACGGAUGCUCUUCGUUUCCUCGAGGAGAACAACCUGUUGACGCUGGAGCGUCCAACCUCAGGCCCUGCUCUGCCGGAGAGCCCACCCAACUGCUGCUGCAAGCAUACUGAAACCACCAAAGAGUGGGUGCUCCGGAGGCUCCGCCUUCUGCGUAAACAGCACUGGUGGCUGGAUGAGCAGAUUGUUCUGCCUACGCCCCUCAAGAAAGUGUUCUGCGAGGCCUGCCAAGACAAAUCUGGCCUAUAUACCAUGGUGUCCAAGAUGCUGCCAGUGAGAGUGGCCUCCUAUAUGCUCAUGCCAUACACACUUCCUGUGCAGUCAGCCUAUUCAGUGGCCCAAAGGUUUGUCGAGUGGAUCCCAGAGGUGCCAGCUGAUGUGAGCUGGCUGUUUGGGGUGGCAGGUGACAUUUACCGUCAGGCCUGGAAAGGAACAUCAGCCACUUCUAUGAGUGAGCCGUGCUUGAGGAAAUGCUUGAGCGCACCGCCUCUGCCUACAGAGUGUGACACGCCCACGGAGAGAGACAACCUGCCUGCCCUUUCCUGCCUUGACAUACACGGCAGCUACUGGGAGGUUCCCAAAUCUACCUCCUCCUCCCACCACCAUCAUUUUAAACUCACCCCAUCAUCUCCACAACAAGUCUGCUUCUUUGUCGGCUUGCAGGAUGAACCUGACAGUGAUGCACAGCAGUAAAAUGAUUCAGGACCUGCACUUUAACAAUGACAUUGUCAAAUUUCUACUCUCUCUGAAAGGAGCUGGGGACUGGUGAUAGUUAUAUGUAUUUGGAGCAAUCAUCAGCAGCACAAACUGUUUAUUAUGCAAGUGUUGUAACGAGUGCUCCGGGAAGACAGCGUCACAACUUAGUCAGGAUCAUUUAUGUGUUUUGUGAGCUGUUUAAGCAUACAACACAGAACUGUGAGUAGUUUUACAGUCUUACUACAACAAUACCUACCUGUUUAUUUGUAAUAAACCUCAUUCCUCUUUCCGAAAGAGACGCAAAGUCCCUUCCCUUCCCUACCGAGGGACCAUGAUGGGACCUUAUUUCAGAGAAAAUGUUUGUAGUAGUUAAUGGUGAAAGACUAACCAUUUUUUAAAUCCUUGUGAACUGGGUCAUGAAUUACACAUAAUGUUUGUUAAAAGAUCAAGAAAGAAAUGGUUUGUCAUAAAACUGCCAAAGUAUACAAUUGAAAAUAAAGUAAUUAAAUGACGUCUUGUUUAACACUCACCAGUCACACGUGCCAGCUAGCUUACAGAACCAGCUAACUCUUGUUUGUCUGGUCUUUGCUAAUGUAACGGCCGUGUUGGUGAUGCUGUGAGCAACGAGAGGUUUCGCGCAAAACUACAUCACGGUUUUCUUGAUUUGCAAAAAUUCUCUUUGAACUUGACAAACAUACGUCAAAUUCAUGUCUCAAAUCAAACAGGGUCCAAAAAUUGUGCAUCUCUUUUCAUUGACUACCAUUCACAUUUAAAAUAACGUCCCAUGGGGGAUCCCCUAAAGGUGCAGGACUUGGUCUCUAUUGAAGGUUUCUUUGACUCUCUUGGUUAUUUUGUCCUUUUGAUCAUUUCUGUUGAUUUCUAUAGUUAUGUGAUAUCUCCAGGAGAAGGAUGAGCGAGUACACCAUUAUGCACAUCUGUACUCUGAACACACAGGGCUUAAAUUGGAAUUCGGUGUGGCUAACUGAAGUUUAAGCCUGAAAUUGAUCAGAAGUUGCAAUAUUUAUUAUUUAUUAGAAAAUUUUACAGAACAGACUCGGAACAGAGCUUCAGAUCAAUGUGAGUCCUCGCUUAACCCUAGUCUCCAGCUUUUUAGAUGACAUGAUGAAAUUUCUGGCAGGCACAUUUCUUAACAUAUCCAGAAAAGGAAGUUGUGUCAAUUUGUUUUUGACUGUAUUUCCUCCUUGGCUACAGAUUGUUGCAGCUGGAGCUCAGCACUAAUAAUUAUUGUGGUGAGAAGAGUGUCAUCUUAAACAACAGAUAUGACAAAAAUAAGCUCCAAAUAGUAAUAAUCUAAAGUGUCCUUUAACUGAGAUGAUGUCAAAGAUUAGUCAGCAGAACUCUAUAUUAAAACAAAUCUACCUAAUAAGACUUGCCACUUUACUCACUGGUCACCAACAUUACUGGAAUCUUUGCAAGUUAAUCUAGCCUAAUUCCUAUGCAUAAAUCCGGCAACAGACCUCCAUGAUGUGAGGUGGCUGCUGGGAAAUUUUUGACACAACUGGAGAACCUUUGUAAAGAUCUUUGUUAUGGCUUAAUUUGCCAAAAUGAAGCACUGAUACUGACUGUGCUGAUCAAAAUAGUGUGACCAGUGUUGUAAUAUCAGUGUUAUCAGAGUAAAUGGUCUUACUAACUUGUAAAUCUGUUUUAUGACUCUUAUCAUUUGAAUGUAAAGUUAUGUUAAUGCCACUGUGAUACUCUCUUAAGAUUAAACAUUUUAAAUUG